AUGGAAAAACGAAAAGAGUUAAGAGAGGACAACAGUGAGAAUCAUAGAGCAGACAACAGUGAGAAUCAUAGAGAAGACAACAGAGAGUAUCAUAGAGAAGACAACAGUGAGAAUCAUAGAGAAGACAACAGUGAGAAUCAUAGAGAAGACAACAGAGAGUAUCAUAGAGAAGACAACAGAGAGAAUCAUAGAGAAGACAACAGAGAGAAUCAUAGAGAAGACAACAGUGAGUAUCAUAGAGAAGACAACAGAGAGUAUCAUAGAGAAGACAACAGUGAGAAUCAUAGAGCAGACAACAGUGAGAAUCAUAGAGCAGACAACAGUGAGAAUCAUAGAGAAGACAACAGUGAGAAUCAUAGAGAAGACAACAGUGAGAAUCAUAGAGAAGACAACAGUGAGAAUCAUAGAGAAGACAACAGUGAGAAUCAUAGAGAAGACAACAGAGAGAAUCAUAGAGAAGACAACAGAGAGAAUCAUAGAGAAGACAACAGUGAGAAUCAUAUAGAAGACAAUAGUGAGUAUCACAGAGAAGACAACAGUGAGAAUCAUAGAGAAGACAAUAGUGAGUAUCAUAGAGAAGACAACAAAGAUAAUCAUAGAGAAGACAACAGAGAGUAUCAUAGAGAAGACAACAAAGAGUAUCAUAGAGAAGACAACAAAGAGUAUCAUAGAGAAGACAACGGUGAGUAUCAUAGAGAAGACAACGGUGAGUAUCAUAGAGAAGACAACGGUGAGUAUCAUAGAGAAGACAAUAGUGAGUAUCAUAGAGAAGACAACAGUGAGUAUCAUAGAGAAGACAACAGUGAGAAUCAUAGAGAAGACAAUAGUGAGUAUCAUAGAGAAGACAACAAAGAUAAUCAUAGAGAAGACAACAGAGAGUAUCAUAGAGAAGACAACGGUGAGUAUCAUAGAGAAGACAACGUGUCUCUCCCCCUCGUGGUCCUCACCGCCUACAACUGGACUUACACCUUCUACUUCUAUGCCUUGCCCCCGCGGCCCCGCCCCGCCCUGACCCGAGUCCCAUUCUGGUGCCGCUGA